AUGGCUUUAAUUUUUGAAGCUGCAGAAGCUGGAAAUGUUGAAUUUCUAAUUAUAAUUUCAGACUCUUAUCCUGACCUUAUUUGGAAACUAAAGGAAAAUAACAUGAGUAUAUUUCACACUGCUGUUUUACAUCGGCAAGAGAGUGUGUUCAAUCUAAUAUAUGAGAUAGGUGAUCCCAUGAAUAGCAUUGCAUCCUAUGUUACCAAAGAUGACAGAGAGAACAUGUUGCAUUUAGCUGGAAAAUUGGCUCCUUUAGAUCGACUAAAUAUCGUAUCAGGAGCGGCCCUUCAAAUGCAACGGGAGUUGUUGUGGUUUAAGGAGAUAGAAAAUAUUGUCCCGCGAUCAUUUGCGAAGAGAAAGAAUUCGAGAGGAAAAACACCUAAGGAGAUAUUUGGAGAGGAACAUAAAGAUUUGCAGAAAGAUGGUGAAAUGUGGAUGAAGAACACAGCAAACAAUUGCAUGGUCGUCGCAACAUUGAUUGCCACUGUGAUGUUUGCUGCAGCAUUCACAGUACCAGGUGGCAGCGAUCAAACUAAAGGGACUCCUAUUCUUUUGAGAAGUACCUCAUUUAUGAUGAUUUAA